GGCGUCGCGACGCAGGGUAAGGCACAGCCUCCUGCACUAUUCCAGAUCGAUCCGUCUGGCCGACACGGGCAAACUCGCCGGGAAGUCUUCGAGGCCUAAAGGCUGCUAUGUCAACGAGCAACGGCACGUGCAACGAUGCCGAGCUACCGGGGAUCCAUAUUCGACUAUAUCCAUAAGGCGAGUAUGUGCAGGAAAAAAGUUCGGAGUGACAGACAAUUUGACAACGUGGAUUAUACACAACUUACGGAAACCGAUAAUGGUUUCUUUGAUUCACAGUUUGUAAGCCCACCAGUUAAGAUACCAUGGAAGGCUAUUACGUUAGCAGCUCUCCUAUUUGUUGGAGGAACCAUUAUGCUCAUAAUGGGAAGUUUGAUUGUGAGUGGACACAUCGAUUCAAAAUAUUCAGAUCGGAUGUGGCCAGUGAUAAUUUUAGGGGCCUUGAUGUUCAUACCAGGGGCUUAUCACAUGAGGGUAGCUAUUUUAGCGUAUCAGAAAGUACCUGGUUAUUCUUUUGAUGAUAUACCUGAAUUCGAUUAAGACUACAUGCGAUCUAAGAUAUACGUGCACACAGUACUUAUUUAUUGAUUUUAUUUAAAAAGAUAAAUUUAAUGAUGAAAAAUCGUUUGUUUAUACAGUGGAUUAAAUUGCAAAAAAAAGAAUAUAUAUAUAUAUAUAUGGAAAUAUAUAUUUUUGCGCUGGUAUUUUGUAUAGAGUUAAAAUAGUAAAAUGAAACACAUUUUUGCAAUUUAUGACUAUUACCACUGUGUUCCUUUAUAAAGUAUCUUCUUUACGUUUACACAAAUGUCAAAGAGCUAUAAUGUAACAUUCAAUUAUCAAAAUAAUAAAAAUAAUUUUAAAUUAAAUUCGUCUGUACUUUUAAAAAGAGUUGUGAUUGAAAUACAGUAUUUAUUAUGAAAUUUUGAUGAAUGACAUAAUGUUUCCACGUUUGUAUUAUUUUCUCAGGCCCAAUAAAUAUAUGUAUACACAUA